GGGCUGGGACCAGGCUGCACCAUGACCGCUUCCCCGUUGACCGAGAGCUGCGUCCGGAACUGCUUCAAGAUUUGCGGAAUAGGAAGCAGCUGCGAAAAAGGCGAACCUUUGAAGUUUGGAGAUACGUUUGCCAUUAGUCCGUGCGUCUCUUCCAAGCCACUGUUCGUCGCUGCCGUCAUGCCUCGUCUAUACGCCGAACGAGGGGUGUCUGGUCACCCGGCGCUGAAGCUUGUCGACGCGCAGGACCCCUAUUGCCGGUGGACGGUCGCCUACUGGCGUACGGCGAUGCGCGAGGAAGCCGAAGGACUUCCGGUUCCGAACGGAGCCAGAGUGGUCCUGAAGCACAACGCGACGAAUCUGAACGCCGCGGUGGAGACGGACUUUCGGAUUGCGACGUUCUUCGGCGACGAAUACGAAGUGAGCGCACACUCGAUCAAGGACUCCGGAGGCCGCGAAAAGGCGCAGAAUAUUUGGGAGUUUAUCACGUCCAGCAAACGUCUGGGAUCCGACGAUGCCGGGACGAACGAAGACACAAAAAACGAACAAAUAAUAUAAUAUAAUAUUAUUUUAUUAUAUUUCCGUAGCAUAUCAUAUAAUAUAAUACAAUAAUAAUAUGUCAUUAUCCAA